AGCAGACGUGGAAAGUAGUUGGUGAGCUGUCACUGAACACAACACCACUCGGGGAAGAUUGUCGCCAAGACUGAGGAGGUUGUAGGUGGUCACAUCUCUCUCCAUCUCAGACAGCAACAUCACUACACAUCCAGAAUGCCACCUGGUGAAGUGAGGCUUCUGCUGCUGAUUCUGGGCUCUCUGGCCACAGACACCGCACUCGGUGACCCGUGUGUGACCCACACCGUCCUGGAUCAGCCCUGGAGGAGCACGGAUUGUUCCAACACUGAGUGCAGCGCUGGGACAUGGAUGGGUGAUGGAAAUCUCACAGUGGGAUGGUACAGAUUUAACAGUUCCGGUGGAUGGAAGAUUCCGGAGACUGGCGUUCCAUGGUUUCACUGCUCCGGGUGGUACCCAGGCUGGUUAGCCGGUCCCCAUCCCAGUGUGGGAGACGGGGAGGUGACCAGGACAGUCUGUUUCACUGUGCGCAGUUACAUCUGCAACAGGAACCGGGAGAUCAGGUUGAAGAACUGCACCGGUUACUUUGUGUAUCAGCUGUGGCCGUCACCCAUCUACAACGCUGUGUAUUGUACAGCCACAGACACCGCACUCGGUGACCCGUGUGUGACCCACACCGUCCUGGAUCAGCCCUGGAGGAGCACGGAUUGUUCCAACACUGAGUGCAGCGCUGGGACAUGGAUGGGUGAUAGAAAUCUCGCAGUGGGAUGGUACAGAUUUAACAGUUCCGGUGGAUGGAAGAUUCCGGAGACUGACGUUCCAGUGAAUCACUGCUCCGGGCAGUACCCAGGCUGGUUAGCCGGUCCCCAUCCCAGUGUGGGAGACGGGGAGGUGACCAGGACAGUCUGUUUCACUGUGGGCAGUAACAUCUGCUACAGGAACCAGGAGAUCAGGGUGAAGAACUGCACCGGUUACUUUGUGUAUCAGCUGUGGCCGUUACCCUACACCUACGCUGUGUAUUGUACAGCCACAGACUCCGCACUCGGUGACCCGUGUGUGACCCACACCGUCCUGGAUCAGCCCUGGAGGAGCACGGAUUGUUCCAACACUGAGUGCAGCGCUGGGACAUGGAUGAGGGAUAGAAAUCUCGCAGUGGGAUGGUACAGAUUUAACAGUUCCGGUGGAUGGAAGAUUCCGGAGACUGACGUUCCAGUGAAUCACUGCUCCGGGAAAAGACCAGGCUGGUUAGCCGGUCCCCAUCCCAGUGUGGGGGAUGGGGAGGUGACCAGGACAGUCUGUUUCAACAAGGGCAGUAACAUCUGCAACAGGAACCGGGAGAUCAGGGUGAAGAACUGCACCGGUUACUUUGUGUAUCAGCUGUGGCCGUCACCCCACGAUGAUGCUGUGUAUUGUACAGAUCCAGCCUCCGUACCAACUGAUGAAUCCCAGGAAACAGCAGCUGAACCCCAGAAAACACCCGAACCCCAGGAAACAACACCCGAACCCCAAGAAACGGCAACUGAACCCCGGAAGGAUGUGUCAACCGUCCCAGAACCAGAUACAACCUCAGAUCCACCAUUGGACACAACUCUGGAACCCCAGGGAGCAGGGACUGGAGACUCUGGUCCGGGUUUAACUAGUGACCCAGCAGGGUCUGCAAGCUCAGAUCCCCAGAUGUCCACAGUGGAACAGACCCAGGGAUCAUCGACUGGAGAAUCCGUCCAGGAAUCGGCUUCUGUCCCAGUGGGAGACACAUCCUCAGAUCCAGCCUCCGUACCAACUGGGGAAUCCCAGGAAACAGCAGCUGAACCCCAGGAAACACCCGAACCCCAGGAAACAGCAGCCGAACCCCAGGAAACAGCAGCUGAACCCCGGAAGGAUGUGUCCACCGUCCCAGAACCAGAUACAACCUCAGAUCCACCAUUGGACACAACUCUGGAACCCCAGGGAGCAGGGACUGGAGACUCUGGUCCGGGUUUAACUAGUGACCCAGCAGGGUCUGCAAGCUCAGAUUCCCAGAUGUCCACAGUGGAACAGACCCAGGGAUCAUCGACUGGAGAAUCCGUCCAGGAAUCGGCUUCUGUCCCAGUGGGAGACACAUCCUCAGACCCGGAGACGUCCACAAAGGAAGAGACGGGAGGACCAGCCGCUGGAGAGACCACCCAGGAACCGUCCCCUGUCCCAGAGGGAGACACAUCCUCAGAUGCGGGCAGAGGGACAAGUGCAGAAGGCAGGGAAGACAAGCCGUCGGAUGCCGAGUGCAAACCGCACAUUGGACCAGACUGGUGGGAUGAGGAGUGUGAGAAGAUGAUCGACCAAGUCCAAGUGUUGUACAUUGGGCAGAGUGAGCUGGACACGGCUGAGCAGAAGGAGGCCUAUCUCCAGGAGGUGCGUCAGAUGCUGAGAGAGCAAUUCCCCUGCAAGUACUUCCUGCCCAAGGACAUUGAUCAACAGACCAGGAAACGCAGCAAGAGAGAAGGGAAUUGAGCGGGAAGAUCGUGGAUUGUGAUCAUCUGAUGAAUGACAGGAUGGUGGUGGGAGGAAUGUAUCUCUAUUUUACUUCAUCAGAUAUUAUGUUCAUUCAUUUCUGUUUUGGUGAGUGGUGGUGGGGAAGCCAAGAGAAAAAUGUUGACUGAAUUAGCUUCCAGCUGAUAGUUAUUCUGCAAUCUCUGGAUGUUCACAUUAUUCUGUAAUUCUGUCAAUUACAGCUUUGAUAAUUUCUCAAUGUUGAUUAAAUGUAAUAAUGCAAUAAUGUGUUUAAUUCAAGCAGCAAUAUUAUUUCUGUAUGCUGUUACAUGUAAAGGUCGUCUGCCAAUCAAGAAUGUCUUUCUAUUUUCUUUUAACUAAUGUUACACACUAUGUAACUAAAAGAAAAGUAACUAAAAAAUAAAUGCACACAUAUUCC